CCAAAUUUCUUAUCCUUGUUCGGAUUUCUCUAUCAGUGUUAAGGUCCUGGGAAGAAGCCAUUGUCGAGGUCUGAUCAUAGACAGAGAAUGAUUCAAUGUUUAGGUCUAAUUCAGUUUGUAUCGUAGACGUUACUAUCAAAAGCAUUGUUCUCAUUAUGCAUAAAACAUUUCCAAUGCAGACAUUCUUCUAUGUGAGGAUGGACAUUGGUAAUUAUUUCAUUAGGCUAAAGUUGUGUUUUCGUUUAAAGAUCUCACUUUUAUUGAUCACGUGUCUAGACAAAGUUUUGGCGACUUCUAUAUUAGUUUGUGUUAUUGUUUUGUUCUAAUGGACGGUAUUCUACACGUCCACAAAAAUCAAUAUCACGUUGGGUAACAGGGCUAAAUUUUUUUAUUUUUUUUUUAUUUAUCUUUUAACCUAACCAUCCAUUACGUAACUGGUUUAGAAAAAAUAUUUACGCAAGCUUAUAUUUUAUCGUUUUUUAACAAUUAACUGUUUUUAAACCCUCUUAUAGGAGAGGCAGUUUUUUUUUUCGUUAAAAGACUAGAUGUUACAGUGAUUUUUGCAACCUUGGCUUGAAAUAAAUAUCUAAAUUGAAAAAAAAGAAGGCUAAUUUCCUUUUUUUGAACUACUAGAUGUACAUAAUUGACGUUUAACAUCUUUCAAAAUAUGUUGAAUGGUGUAAAAAUAACUUUUAAAGUGAAGAACUACAUUUCCAGCAUUAGCAACCAAGGUUGAUACGUUCAGUUAUGUCUGAAGUUGUACCUCCUUCGAUGCAAUAUAAACACAGUGUUGUUUGACCAUUUGAUGCUAUUGGCUGAUUUCAAAUAGACUUAGAGUCAAUUUACUCCAGCUAUAAUUAUAAGGAAUAGUAGAUUGUACGUGAUGUUAAAAAGGAAAUUAUCAUGAGAUUUUAUUCUGUCAAUACUUGAUUUUUCUUUUUUAGUUUUUUUCUAGUUUUCCCCCAAUUUUUCUUUAAAACAUUUCCAUUUGUUUUGUUUUUUUCUCUUCCUGAUGUAUUUUUUACACAAAUAUUAACAGUAAGGAGCGACAAAAGAAAAACAUCACUUCAAAAUAAAUUUUGUUAAAUUUAUUUAAAAGAGAACUCCUGCAAAGCCAAAUAAGUCGGUAAUAACACAUAUUUUUCUAUAAAUUAAAUUAAAAUCUAAAAUAUUAAAAAUGAACAAUAAAUAAGAAAAAUAUGUUAAGUAAUGCAGUAAAAACGACUUUUUCAAUUCAUCAUAUAUAAGCGAAUUUGCAAGCAUAAAAAAAAGAGAGGAAAAGAAGAAAUUAGAUGAACAAAAAACCUGUCGACUUCGCAAAGACUAUUUGAAGCUAUUUGUUUUGGAUUAUAUUUUGUUUAAUAGUUUAAGAUACGGUAAAGAAUGGGAAAAAAGAUAAAAUUAAUGAACUUUAUUCAAAUUAAGACUUUUAUCAGCUGCGCUAUCAAAAAAACAUCAAAAAAUAACCACUUGUGAAAAAGUUAGUAUCGAGCCUCGAAAAAAAUACGCUAAAAUGGAAUUAAGUUUGGAUACAUAGUUUUGGCGCCAUCUUUUAUUACAUGCGUGCAAACACAUUAUAAACCUCAAAGUUUUAAACCUCAAAAAUAAUGUCGUUUUACUCUCAAAAACCUAAAAUUAUUUUCUUUUUUAUUUUUUUUAUGUAUACAUGUAUAUUUUUAUCAAAAGUUUUUCUCCAGGCAAAGAUUCCACAAGGUGGUCUUUCAGUAUGUUUUUAUUUAUUUUUCGAUUUGCUUUUGAUUUUGGCGGUAUCCGCCUAUGCUGAAUAACUUUUUGAAAAGAAUUCUUCAUAAUUUAUGCAGGUUUAAUUAAGACGUUUUAUGCUAACAAUGAGAAAGUCUUUUGAAAACAUUUCACAUGCGCAAUUGUUAAACAAUUUUGUUCUAUUCAAACCUUCUGCGCAUGUGCAAACCUAUUGAGAAUAUAAAUAUGACGACCGUGGUUAUUAUUAAGAGAUAUUAUUAGCUACCACUCGGUCGAGAAGGUCGUUUAAGAAAGGGAAGGUGGAAAUUAGCAAAAAGAAAUUAAAUCGAAGAAGUUUUGUUGGAAUAGAUAGAAAAAAUGUCUAAAUCAUUUUUAAUCGAUACCAUCAUACAUGAAAAACAAAAGCUGAUAAUGAGGCAGCCGCCAUCAACACUCGAGUCCGGACAAUCAUCACCCGCGUCAGAUUAUUCUCCGCACUAUCGACACUCGCCUUUGGGUGCAACAAGGGUGUAUUCACACUCGCCUGGAUCGUCACCGAGAUCGCCAACCACUCCUCCACAUAUUGAACGACACCACAAUUUGGAACGCCAUCAUACUAUGGAGCGAUCGAAUCAUACACCUUCAUCGAUGUGUAGCAUGCGCGGCCCCACAAUGUGCACAUGCUGCCAGCCACACACUCCACAACCUAUAUGUACGAUAUGUGAACCGGGUCCAAGGGAAGGAGAAGCAGCGCCUUCUCAAAAGAUUUAUCCGUUUGGUAGAGACUCGCAACAUUGUUCCAGACAUAUUUACGGAAACGAAAGACAAAGAAUGUAUCCUUUAGGGUCACCAUUAACAGGACAAAGAAUGCAGUUCAACCCAAACUAUGUCCGAGAAAUGGAAAGCCGUCGCCUCCAAAUGCAACAACAACAACAACAACAACAACUUUGUGGGAAAGUCAAAAGAAUACGCACUGCAUACACCAGCAUUCAGCUGUUGGAACUGGAAAAAGAAUUUCAAAAUAACCGAUAUUUAUCCCGGUUAAGACGGAUUCAAAUAGCAGCCAUGUUGGAUUUAACGGAAAAACAAGUUAAAAUCUGGUUUCAAAAUCGACGUGUCAAAUGGAAGAAAGAUAAAAAGGGAUAUGGUUACUCCCCAAUAAACAGUCCCGAUUCGCCAAUGUAAAAAAGGGAUUUUUUCUUCAAGUUAUUUGUUAUUUAAGUGUAAAAAAGUAAAACUUUGAUUUUGUUUGGUUACCGCUAGAUCAAUCAGUGGGAUAAAAAGUGUCAGAAUUGAAAUGUAACGUGACACGGAAUAUUAUUGACACGGAAUUUUGAUGAUUGCUUUUUUCAAUCUUUAUCCUUUUUUUUUCUUUUCUUAUCCUGUAAAUUAUUCUGUAUAUAUCUAUGAAUUAAUUUAUGACUUUCUAUUUAUUUGUACAUAAAUAACUCGAAUUUUUUUAUUUAAACUAAUUUAUGAGAAAUAUUGUUCAAUUUAUAAACCUCGAUUUAUUCCUUGUCCUCCAAUAUUUUGAUUUUCUCUAUGACUUAA